CCUUUAAUUCAUUUCGUCAUUUUUUUCCCUAUACCCAUUGCUUAAUCCCCAACUCAAUAGUAUAGAAGAUAUUUUCCGCUGUUGUGUAACGCAAUCGAUAAAAAGGGGAGAUAUUAAAGUUGGAGAAAACAAGAAAUGGCUGACCACUACGACGAUUUAGACGAGCUUCUUGACACCGCUUUGGAUGAUUUUCAGAGCCUUAAUCUCGCAUCUUCUGCUCAAAGAUUUGAAGAUGAUAAUGGUAAUAAUGGAGGGAGCAAGCUAGAGGGUUGUACAUUGACUAGUGGGAAUGUUCAAGGGUUAGGAAUGGGGUUGCCUGAUUUGAAGGCCAAGAAAAAGGGUAAACAAAAGGUGCCACUACCACCGCCGAAGCAAGAAUCACACAUCACGGAUGCACUUGAUCAGUUGAGGGAGCAAACUAGGGAGGCGGUGAAAGGCUUGGAAUCGGUGUCUGGGCCUCGACCCCCGGUGGCUGGAGAUGGCUUUGGUGCAGACCCAAUGAUGGAGGAUUGGGUCAAGCAGUUCGAGGAGCUUACGGGCACACAGGAUAUGGAGUCAAUUGUAGAAACCAUGAUGCAACAGCUCCUAUCCAAGGAGAUCCUUUACGAACCUAUGAAAGAAAUUGGUGAACGCUACCCAACAUGGUUGGAAAAGAAUAAAUCGAAACUGACAGAUGAAGAGUACGCCCGAUAUUCGAAUCAAUUCCAGUUUAUCAAAGAUCUGAAUCAAGUGUAUGAAGCCGAGCCUGAAAACUUCAACAAGAUUGUUGAGCUUAUGCAGAAAAUGCAAGACUGUGGUCAACCACCCAAUGAUAUCGUGCAAGAGCUUGCCCCAGACUUUGAUCUAUCGAAUCUCGGUCAAUUGUCGCCAGAAAUGUUCGAGUCUCAACAGAAUUGUCGCAUCAUGUGAGAGAAGAUACAAGUGUUGAGAAGUUCCAAGUUAUCAAAUAUAGGCAUGUCCUCACAUUAAUGUUCUUCUACACAAACUCCUUUUAAAGCGUGGCGACAACACCAACCCGAGACCUAUGUUACCGUGCAGUAUCUACCUGCCAUUCUAUGUGGGAUCGACUCUGCUUGCCUUGUACACUUCAGUAAUUGUGCGAGUGGGAUAAAUGUUUUUGACCAAAAGUUGUCUGAUCAGGCAGUCACAAAGACACUGAAAACAUAGAGCAAUGCAAUUGCCUUGGACAUCCAAAUCGCAUCGAGUCACCUAACACUCAUUUAUGCUCAACCUCAAAAUGAAAAGUUUCUUGGAACUGCAGUAGUUACUCGUGCCGAGUGGAAUUUGUGUCGAAACUCACUCGACCUCCAAAGUGAGGUUCUUUGUAUCAUUAGGACUCGGCUUGCACCAUAAUAUGCCUACAAAGUGAUUAGCAAAGAAUUAAAUAACACAUGCCAAAUACUCCCUAAA